AUGACGGAUUCGAAAGAUAGUACAAAGGGGUCACUUGACGUUCAGGAGGGCGAUAUCUUAAACCCGGCGGGGUUUGAGAAUCUAUUGAACUUUAGAGAUGUGGGCAAGACGAUAAAUGACUUCGUGGGUGAAAAACUCAUGAAAGAAGGUCUCCUCUUCCGCUCAGCACGCCCAGACGAAGCAACCCUGCAUGAUCGUAGCCGUAUUCAAAAAGAAUUCAUGAUAAACACUAUAAUAGACCUACGCACAAACACCGAGCACGCAAACCAGAAAAAGAAACGAGAAGGUCAACUACAGCUACCUCAAGAACUCCAAUCUAAUGCUGCGCUACUGGGACCAUUUGAGAUUCCAGGGGUAAACUAUAAACUGAUCAAUAUUAACGGAAAGAGUUUUGAGCGUUGUCUUAUCAAGAGAUUAUCCUGGUGGAGUUUAAUAAAAAUGGCAUUUCUCAUGUUAUUCCGACAAAGAAUGGCCGCGAUCAGUAUCAUGGGUCGAGAAGUAAUGCAACCACGCGGUCUAAUCGGCCUAGGAAAAGACACACUCGACGCCUGUGGUUCUGAAAUUGCAGAAACCCUCCGAACGAUAUCCACAUCCCAGCCCGUUCUCAUCCAUUGCACCCAAGGCAAAGAUCGCACGGGAAUGAUCAUCUUUCUGGUUCUUCUCCUCCUGAAAGUCCCGAUCAAAGCGAUUACGCAUGAUUAUCUGAUGUCGGAAGGGGAGUUGGAAGUCGAGAUGGAAGAGAGGAUUAAGGAGAUUAGGAGUAUUGGGUUAGAUGAGGAGUUUGCGGGGUGUCCGGAUGCUUGGGUGGAGGAAAUGCAUCGGUAUCUUGGGGAGAGGUAUGGUGGGGUGGAGGAGUAUCUUAAGGGAAUUGGAUUUGAGGAGGGGGUGGAGGUGAGGUUGAUUGAUGGUUUGAGAGUGUGA